ACAUAUUUGGCAAUGAUUUGGGGGUAAAUAGAGCACUUGUUAUAGGUCAUAUAGACGAGGUGAGGCGACUGACUCUCUCCAGCCGGUCACCAGCACAGCCGCACCAUGGAUCAAAAACCUAAAACUACCAUUCCUAAUAGCAUCAAAUUCUUGUUCGGCGGCUUGGCAGGUAUGGGUGCCACCUGCUUUGUCCAGCCUCUGGACCUCGUCAAAAACAGAAUGCAGGUCGCAACAAGUAAAGAACACAAAACUAGUUACCAUGUGAUAAAGCACGUGAUAAAAUCUGAGGGAUUGUUUGCUCUCUACUCUGGGCUCUCUGCAGGGCUUCUUCGUCAGGCAACAUACACUACCACACGUCUCGGCAUCUAUACUUGGUUGUUUGAGAAAGCUUCAGGGCCUAAUGGUGAACCUCCCAGCUUCCUCGUCAAAGCAAGUCUAGGUAUGGCAGCUGGUGUAGUGGGCUCCUUCGUGGGCACUCCUACAGAGGUUUCUCUCAUCCGAAUGACCUCAGAUGGCAGACUGCCCCCAGCUGAACGCCGUAACUACAAGAGUGUGUUUCAUGCUCUCUUUAGAAUAACUCGGGAAGAGGGUGUGUUAACAUUGUGGAGGGGUGCUAUACCCACCAUGGGGCGAGCCAUGGUGGUCAAUGCUGCUCAGUUGGCAUCAUACUCUCAGGCCAAGCAGGCACUCUUAGGAACUGGUUACUUUAAAGAGAAUAUUCUCCUUCACUUCUGUGCCUCAAUGAUCUCUGGUUUAAUCACCACUGCUGCCUCUAUGCCAGUUGAUAUUGCAAAGACACGAAUUCAGAACAUGAAAAUUAUUGAUGGCAAGCCAGAAUACAGAGGUGCUUUGGAUGUCCUAUACAAAGUGGUGCGGAAUGAAGGCUUCUUCUCUUUGUGGAAGGGUUUCACACCAUACUACAUGCGUCUGGGUCCACACACAGUCCUCACCUUCAUCUUCCUUGAACAGAUGAAUCUUAUGUACAAAAAAUAUGUACUGGGUGAUAAAGCUGCUAAAGGUGGUGGAAUUUAAGGAUUACAAUUGUUGGAUAACGUAGUUAAACAGUUUAAUCUUAUUUAUUUCUUUUUAUUUUAUUUGGUUUUGUGGUGAAUGAAUUGUUGCUUGACAUUUUGCUGUGGAAGAUGAUUAUAUAAUAUACAUGCAUACAUUCAUACAGUAAAUCUCUCAUCAUCUAAGGAAACUUGAAGCUAGAGAAAGUCAUUCUUUACCAGGAAGGGAACUUUUGAAGAGAACGACAAUAGAGAAUUAGGUCUUGUAAUCAGCUGCUCUAUAAAUUGAAAAGAUUAAUGGUUUCCUGGUGGUACAGGAAGUAUUCAGCAGUUGUUUGUCUUGACUAUAUUAGAAAAAUUUUAUUUAAAUUUUAAAUAUUAAAAAGGAUUCAGCAAGUAAUCUUUUUUGGUAAUUAAAUAUGGUUGCUAUUUUGUAUAAAUCUGUUUAGUUUGGUAGACUGUGAUUAGUACUUUUUAAAAUACCAGGUCUUGUUUAAUAAUUUUUUUAUUGUUUGAAUCUGCUGACAUAUAAAAUUUCUGAAUAAAAAUCCAAUAUUUAUCAGUGCUAACAUCUGAAGUUGUUUUAAAAACAGACAUGUUAAGCAAAAUUCGAAUUCUAAGGCACUGGUAUUCAUUUGUUAAGAUCAAUACAGUGGACCCCUGGAUUUCGUAGUCGUCGGAUUUCGUAACUUUUUUUCGUCAAAAUAUUGGCUUGGUGAUUGUCAUUGAACUCGGUAAUAGUCAUUCGUCCCAAAUGCGUCUACACAACAACAGCGGCCUGACACUCAGUGUGCCAUUGUUUAUCAGCCAGUUAGCAUGAUCCCACACGUUCAUACGAUACAUUUCGUAUUAUUCCAUUCUUUUUAGUGCUUGCAACUACUAAAUAAGCCACCAUUGGCCCCAAGGCAGUUCCUAGUGCCAGCCAGCCUUUUGGUAAAGGGUUGAGAGAGAGGGGAGAAUGUGCCAUCUUCAGUGAUUCUGUACGAUAAUAAAGCAGCAGGAGUCGACAAAGGCUAUAGCACCAGCCAGUGAUAAAGUGUAGCAAGUAAGUUAAGCAGUUAAUCAAUAGAAAAAGGACAGCAUGAAACUGACUCCUCCAAUGUUGUUGGAGGUAUAUAGGGCUACUGGCUAACACUGCCGCCUCUUGCUGCCUCCUUCACCACCACUAUGUAAGGCUUAUCUUUCAGUGGCCCCUAUACACCCAACAACACACAACACGACAACACUCCUCGGUUAGGGAGAGAGACAUAUGAUAUAUUUUAUUCAUUCUAGAGUAUAUAUCAUGUUUCUGUUAUUAAUAUUGUUUAUUAUGUCAUAUUAGAUGAAUUGUACUAGAUAAGCUGUAGAGUUGAUAUUAGUGUCAUAUUGAAGGACUAUCUUGUCCUGUCUCCCAACACUUCCCUGCCACUGCCACAAUUCCUAACAUAUGCCAGAAACAGACCUCUCUGGAACACUUUUUUUGAGCGACAGGGGUCCAGUGACUCUCAAGCUGGUCCUAGUGGCAUUAAAACACAAAGAAGGGAAGUAACCCCAGAAAAGGACUUGGUACCUGAAGUCUUUAUGGAAGGGAAUGCCCCUUCCAGACAAUAGUAACUCCUCCAUCCUCUCCCCUUCUGUCUUCCAUACAUCAACAAGUCUUCAAUAAAGGUAAGUGUCAUUUUAUUAUUGUUUUAUUCUGCAUGUCUCAUUGCGUUCUGUGUAGGUAAAUGUAUAUUUCAUGUAAAAAAAAUAUUUUUUUUAAAUACUUUUGAGUGUCUGGAACAGAUUAAUUGGAUUUAUGUUAUUUCUCAUGGGGAAAAUGAAUUCGGAAAUCAUCAAAUUGGGGUUUAGUUACUCUCUCAGGAAUGGAUUAAUUACGAUAACCGGGGGUCCACUGUAUAUUUUAUAAGAUUUUUGACUGUCAUAGUUUACAUAAUAUAAAAUUUGUUUCUAAUACUAUCACUGGACCUUGCUAUCAGACAUUAAAAGAGUAUGUGAUUUGUAAAUUCUGAAUUGGAUGUGAAAAGUGUACCGAUCAUUCUUAAAUUGUAGUUUCUAAAUAAUGCAAAUAUUAUUAGGGUUUAACUUUAUACCUUGCUAAUAAUGAACAAAAGCUUGUGCAUUUCAGUUUUAAAUAUUCAUAACAAAUUGUGAGAUUCUUGGACUGAAAGCUGUGCUAUGGUUGGUCUAAAGGGCCCAAAAACAAGCAGUAAAAAGUACACUUCAAGAUGUAAUGUUAGAGAUUGAGUUUGAUGAUGGAUUGAUUUGAUCUAAAGUUUUUACUUCAAAUUUCUACCUGAAAUUAACUGUUAUUACAAUUAUUGGGUCCUUUUAGAGUAAAUAGUUUGAUAUAAAUUGGGUACUGCUCAAUAUUGUAUUUAUUUAUUAAAUAAUAGAUAAGUUAAUUAAAAUCCCAAGUAUAUUUUUACUGUAUAGAAUUAUACACCUAUUUAUUUAUUAUAUAAUAUCAAAUUUGUAUUAGUUAUUCCUUCUAACAACAUAUACUAAUACAAGUCUAAUUUGUUACAGUACUAACUCGUCUUCCUAACCACCAUAACACCCAUAAGUGCAUUAGGCUGCCAUUUACAUGUAUAAAAUUUAUGGUACACUAUUGCUAUGUGAAAUAAAUGGCAAGAAAUAUUUAUGGUUCAUUAGCUGCUAUUAUAUCUGGUUAUACAUUCAAUAUAUUUUUGUAUCUUGGCAAGAAAUCUGACAUUUUGAUUUUAAAGCUUCUGCUGAAUAGAUGCUUCAACAGGCUCUCAACAGUGCACAAACUUAACAUAGAUCACUUAGUAUAUUGUGAGUCUUAUCUUAGAAGCUAGUAGGAAAAAUUAGUGUGUACAUAUCAAGGCUUCUGCAAAUUUCUUGUACAUGUUUAAUUUUCUUGUAUAUUUGUAUAUAGAGAUGCAGAAUCCAGCUACCAGUGAAUCUUUAUUUAAGAGAUUCUCAUGAUAUAAUAAUAAUUGUGCAAUAAUUUUUAA